AUGUCAACUAGGGGUCUUUUCGAUAAGUUUCAAGAUGAUAACAACAAGCUCGAACAAACUCCUCAUGAGCACAAGGGUCAUUUGAGCCACGAGCUCAUUGCUGGUGCUGCUUCCUACGAGGCUGUCAAGGCUUACAACGAACAUUGCGAAAGAAAUGGCAAGCCUAAUGACCACGCUACCGCCAUGCAAUUGUUUGCUGCCUUUGCCGCUGCUGGUGUUGACAAGUUGGUUGAAACCAAGGGUCUCGACUUCAUUGACAAGCAAAAGGCCAAGCGCCAUGCUGAAGAGCAAGUCAAGGAGUACUACAACAACGAACAUUAA